CUUUAUGUCAAACAUUGAUGGGAAUAUCAGCAAAGCUAUUAUCACACAGGGUGUAGUAGCUAGAGCUAUUCAGCUACAUCAAAGAGUGAAGAUGAAGAGGGCCCUUCGUUCAAGGGUAGAUCAUAGUAGAAGCUUCGAUCUGAGAAGAAACACGAACCAUGCGAUGACGAUAGUCCGCCAAGGCGAACGGAAAAGCAGUCCCUCCUCCGACGAUCCCUUCAACUACAGGUUGAUAAAGAAAGUUGCAAGUUCAGAACAAAGCGGUUUGAUCAUGAGAAGUUGAUGCGUCGCGUAUUCACUGGGGCUGCGGCAACGGGUAAAAAUGCUUGGACGCCUGGCGACACGCGAAACCAGUUGGAGGUGGAAGGGGAGUCCGACAGUGCUGACUUUUCUACGGUUAGCAAUGAAUUGGGCGCAACUGAAACAUCUAACUUAAUGAAAUCCGCAACCAUUAACGCAUCAGGUAGUGGUAGCAAAAUGAGGCACUCAUCCGUCACAGCCGUGCAAAAAAAGUGAAUCACCGGGGCAGAAGCAUUGGCAACAAGCAUAGAUGAUUUGGUCAAUUCGGUGAAGACCCAAAGCAAGGAACUCACUGUAAACCAUGUUGUCGGUGGCCAUAGUGCCACUAUGGCUGAAGCAGUUGAACGUUUUUAUGAAAUUCAGGGACAUGACCAAACUAAUCCACUGCUCCAUUUCGUAAUUUCGCUUAUAAAGGUGCCCAAUAAUAAGGAGAUGGUGAUGGGUAUUCCUUCGGAUGAAGGCAUUAUCGGCUGGCUCCAGGUGAAGCAACAUGGCAAAGAGAAGACGACAAGUGUUCCAACUCUUGCAAGCAUAUUGCGCAAUGAGGACUUGGUUUCUAAAUAUGUUGUUUUUGUAUUUCCUGAACACCUGCUUUUUUAACUAUGCUUUCUGUUCGGCUUGUUAUUUGUAAAUAUGUUGGUUUUGUAUUUGGUAAGGAGUUGCUUGUUUAACUAUGCUUUGUUUGGACCAUGUUGUAAGGAGAAUUGCUAGGGAGAUGGUUAUGCAUGUGCAAGGUUUUCCUAGUUUUAAAUUUAUGGAUGUGCAUUGCUUGAGUUUGGCUAUGCUUGGAUUUGAAAAUUUU